CAAGGAUGGCCAUUUGCGGGGCUGUUCCACCUCAUGGCAUGUUACUAUCCCUGCACAUCAUUUCCUAUCAGUACACAGCUCUGAUAAGCUGCUGAGCUGAUAAGGGAGCAGAUUGGCAUCUCUCCGUGAAACCCAACCCCAGUGGAAGUUCAGCUUUCCAUCACGUAACCACCAGAUGCCACAGAGCAUCUGCAAUUCAUCUGUUGAAAUUUUGCUGAUACAGGCUGCUCUGUAGGCUCCCUAAACUGGAAUUUGUAGUCAUUGCCUCAACAAUUAUCACUGCAAAAAACAGACCUCAGAGUGCAGAGACCUGAAUCUGACCUGGGACAGAGCUGUGGCUUUUGCUCCUGGGGCUCACCUUCUUUUUCCUAGCGUAGGAGCUGGUAUUUUUAGCUGUGAACCUGGUUUUCUGAUGGCCUUGUGCUGCUGUGGUGAUGGUGGUGCCCUCCACAUGAGUGAACAGCGGCAUUUUUACAGCUAACUGAGAACCUGGCUGCUUCCUCCCCUAAACCUGAGUGACACUCAGGAUGUAGUUAAGUGAGGUGGCAAACGCCGUAUCACAGGUCCUUGGCCAAGGGACAGGGUUGAUGCUGUACCCUGCAAUUGCUCCAUAAGGCUGGGAGAAACCCCCAGAACCCAAGGGGGGAUAUCCAGGAAACCAGGGGUUUAUUCCCAGUCUGGGGAGCUCAGUGCUGUCCCAGGCUGACUCCACCUGCAGGGCUUGGUCCCUAGGGUGCCCACGUCCCUGCCAUCUCCUAGCGACAGGGACUCUUGUCACUGAGCCAGGGGAUUCCGUGCUGGGCUGGGGCUGGAUGGCAGCACCUGGUCCUUGCAGUGUCUCGGCUGCUCUUCAGGAGCACCUGAGGCACCUGACUCUGCAGGACUUUCCCUGUGGCCUUGGCAGCUGGAACAAGUCCAGAUUUGCUGCACGCAGGAGCCCCCAUGGAGGCCAGCCAGGGCUGUGGGCAGACCCAGCCAGGCAGGAGGAGGAUGUGCCACUGGGUGAGGAGAGCCCCGAGGCACUGAUAGAGCUGCUGAAGGACAGACACAGCCCCUGGGCCCUGCCACCGGGCUGCAGCCCCCAGGACCAGCUCCUGCGGGAAGUGGCCGUGCUGGAGCCCAAGCUCAUCCAUGGCUCCAACGUCUUCCAGGUCCUCAGGUCCCUGCGGCUCGUUGACAAGGGAUUGCAGCAGCUGGAGGAGCUCAUCCUCAGUGCCAACCACAUCAGUAGGGUAGACUCGGCCAACCUGCCCCAGACUCUGAAGGUUCUGGAGCUCUGCUGCAAUGCUGUGGCUGAUCUGCAGGACCUGUGUGCUCAGCCUCCUCCGGAGCUUCAGCACUUGGGGCUGGGCUACAACAGGCUGUGCGGAUCUUUGCAGGACAAGUGCCUCACUGCAGCCUUCUGGCCAAAUCUUGUAUCCCUUGACCUGAGCUUUAACAACUUAACAGAUCUUCUGGGGCUGGUCUCCCAGCUGUCCAGUCUGGAGAAGCUCCGCAUCCUGGUGCUGAAAGGGAACCCGCUGGCUCUCAUUCCCACUUACAGGGGCUUCCUUGUGGACAGCCUGCCCAAGCUCUCCGUCCUUGAUGACAUCCAUGUAGGGUUUGAUGAGAGGCACCAGUUCCUUGGUUUGGCAAGUCAGCCAGAGCUGAUGAGGAGUGAAGCACGAGUGGUUGUGAGUGUUGGGGACAUGAAAGGAGUCCCUGAUCCCAGCACUCUUCAGGAGCUGGCAGAUGAUUCUGACUUCCCAGUGAUCACCUACAGCUACUGUGUGACAUAUGAGUUUGUGGAGGGAGAGGAGUUUGACGAUGGCAGCAGCGCUGAGGUAACAAAAAUCCAUGAGAGUCUUGAGGGGGCCACCUUGGAUGCGGACAGCUCUGCUCAGAACACAGGAGAAACGAACCAGCAGGAGCCUGCAGCCACAGAGGAGCCCAAGGCCAGUUCUACAAAGGUGUUUGUCACCCCUGGAAAGCCCUGGGAAGAUGCCAUUGACUGCAGCUACAGGAAGGAGCAUAUUGUUAAGGACUUAAUGGGGUUGAAGUCCUACCUGGCGGCUGGAACAAUUGUCUCUGUUGUGGAGGAGAAGGUGCUCUCAUGGCCUGUUGAAGGUGAUCCAGAAGAAAACAUAGACAGAAAUAAGAAGGCAAGACGGAGGCAGCAGAAGGAUGGUGCCAGGGGUCCUGUGCACAAGGACAAGCAGAAAAAGAAGAAGAAGACAUGUGAAUUCCGCAGUGACCCUCCCAUUCGGAAGACCCUGGCCACCAGGAAGGUGACCCUGGAGGCUCUGCUGGCCACUGAGGACCUGGUGACAGCUCUGUGUGACUUUGGGAUCCUGAUCACUAAAAAACCGCCGCAGCCACCAAGUGUGGAGAAGGUAAGGAGCGUGUUCUGGGGCGCAUGAGGCAGAGCUGCCAGGGAUGGGCAGUGCUGCAGGGUGGGAAUCAGCAUAUCCUGGCCUGGGCAUCCCUCCCAUGCAUCCCCCAGUUCUCCUCUCCAUAAAAUGGGGCUGAAAUAGCCCUGCUUGAACACCAUCCAUUGAUGCUGGUAUCCUUACUUAGUGUUGAUCUUAGCAGUAAGUACUGCUACUUUUUCUGGGCCUAGGAAAAUAGGUGAGUUUAUUUUUCCACUUGAGAAUAUGAAAGCAACCCCUCAUGCUUCCUCUGACGCUCUCUCAGCAUGGCAGCACACACCAACUCACACUUUCUAUUUCUUGGAUUCUCUUCUCUGAGCAUCCCCUCUGCUGUGCUUCUGCUUCCCCUCUCCUCUUUCCUCCGCCCUUUAAAUCCCUGUGACUGAACCCAGAUGGUGAUGGCAGUCACAGGACUGAAUGCGGGUAGUGAGUUUCAUCACAGCCUAACUAUGGAAACGCCUCUCUCCACAGGGCAAGAAGAAAAGCAAAGACAAGAGCAAAACCCCCAAAGCAGAGAGUAAAAGUCAGGCCAAACAGAAAGCUUCAACAUCUGCCAAAGG